UGACACCUGUGUGCAGACCUGUCCACUGUUCCAUCUGUCCAUCCUGUAGACUAGUGAGUUGGUUGACAGCAGGCCGGACACUGACCACACUCACACCGCCGGACCUCCCCCUGAGCCUACCAGCUCUGGAGAGGUGAUCAACAACAUGUCGAACGGCGCUCCGUCCCCAAAGAUGGGGAAGGAGGACAGGAGGGUGUUUGUGAACCUGGAGGGGACACCUGGGCUGGGAUGCAGUAUAUGUGGUGGGCCAGCCUACAAGCCUGGGGUGUUUGUGAAGAACAUAAAGCCGGGCUCCAUAGCAGAGGAGAUCGGUCUCAAGUUAGGAGACCAGUUCCUAGAUGUGAACGGGAUAAAUUUGAUACAUGCAGACUACGGCGAGGCUAUCUCAGCGCUAAAAGGCAGCAAACAGCUAACAAUAACAGUCAGACCGCAAGAGGGAGAAGAGCUGUUCAAAGACGUGACGAUGCCCAAGAAAAGCAUCCACCUGGACAACGAGCCCCAGGACCCGGAGGAGAGGCGGGCGGAGCGGGAGGAGCUGGAGAGACUCAGACAGAUCGCCAUCGACAGGGAGAAGAAACGACAGAAGAAGGAAACGGAGGAAAGGAUUCACCAAUCUGCCCUGGCCAAACUCAAACAAAGGCAGGAAGAGUUGCAAAGACUCAGGGAAGCAGAAGAGAAGAAAAAGCAGGAGGAAGAACAACAGAGCAAGCUGCAGAAAAGAAAAUCUGAAGAGGAUGAUGAGGAGAUCAGUCGUCAGCUGGAGCAGGAGCUGCUCAACCUCAGCCUCACCCAGCAGAAAAUAGAUGACGAGAAGAAGCAAGAAGAGAGCCGUAAGCGUAAGGAGAGCCGGACCCAGGCCCAGCGGAGGGAGAGUGAGAGGAUGGAGAAACAAACGCAGCAGGAGCUGGACCGGCUCUCGGAGCACGACAAGAAGCGCAGGAAGGAGCUCGAACUCCAACAAAAACUGGAGGAGCAGAAGCGAGCGCAGCAGGAGAAGGAGGAGCGCAUGCGGAUCCACCGUCUGCAGCAGGAGGCUAAGGAGUCUGAGCGGGAGAUCCAGCGGGAACAGCAGUGGCUCAGUCAGGAGGCAGAGAAGGACCUGAGAAAACCCAACCUCAUCCCCAGCCCUCCUAAGACUUACAUGAGUCCCAGCGCAGCACAGGGGGUAAGAAGAACGCCCUCCAGAAUCGGCCAGGACAAACUGUCGCCAGAGAAGUUUGAUCCUGCAAGUCUGUUCACCAAACCUCAGAUUGCAGGGAGGGAGAUCAGGAUGAUCAAGAUCAAAAAGGAGAAGGACACAGACCUGGGUGUGACGGUGGAAGGAGGGAUCGACUCUGUGCUGGGGGGAAAGGUCAUCAUUACAGAGGUGUGGGAGGGAGGUCUGGCACACAAACAUGGUGGCCUGUACAAGGGAGACCAGAUCAUGAACUGUAAUGGCCGCACCAUGCUGGAUAUCAAACUUGCCCGAGCUCAGGAGAUCUUAAGGGAGGAGAUGAAGGCUACAGGGGAUUCCGUGACACUUGUGAUCGCUGUUGCCCCACCUAAAGCAUACGAGGACGAAGUGAAGAAACUAACCCACACUCUCGCCACGGGAGACAUUCAAGAGGAACCUAUUUCUGAGCACCCGACGUGGAUUCUGAAAGACGACAUCCAGGUGACAAUCAUCUGAACCACGGUCUGCAUGGAGAGACCCCCGGUUCAUGCACUUCUCAAAACAACUCGCCUGUAACAAAGAUUAUGUCAGCCUUCUCCCUGCUACCUAAUGCUAACAAAUAGAAAUUGUAGCCAUACAGCUACUUCAGUUUGCUUGAGGUUAAAGAAAUGUUUUAAGAUUCCUUGUUGGUAUUUUAAUCUUGAAAUCAAAUAUUGUAGUCAAUAUGUUGUACUUGCCAGAAUUCUGUUGAAAGCCCCAGACUUUAAUUUUAGUUGACACAGAAAGUGAUAAUAUGAUGCAGGGCAUCUGUGAAAGAAAGAUGUACAGAAAGUGAUAACCAUGUAGAUAAUACAAAGUAUUUUAAAAGUGUAUUUUUGGUGGCAACAGUAUCAUUUUAGUUGGCUGUUCAAUCUGUUAGUUGCCACCUACGAAUGGACUGUCAAUAUGGACUAUGAAGGAUCAUCAGGGAUGUCAGGGCAAGAAAAUAGAACUUCCUAACUGCCUUCAGGAAAAUAAAAUUUAAAAUUGAGAGAUGGGGAUAUUUACAGGAAAAGAAUUAGUGGUCUUUCCCUGUCUUUACCCUACAUGCUCCUAUGUUUAUCACAUUAACAACAGGUCCAGCCAUAUGGAUCUCUGCAAAAAUGAAGGUUGAUAUACUAAAACUUUCAAAGGUAACACAGUAAAGCAGUAGGAAUGCAUAGCGCACAGUUACAGCAUUGCUCUGCUCAUAUGUUGACUGGUUCUCGUCAAUGAAUGCUCUAUUGGUCACCCAGAAAAAUUAAAGUAGCUUUUAUGAUACCAAUGAAAAGAAGCUUUGAUUUAUAUAAAACAAAUCAUCUGGAAACAUUGCAUAACAGUCAUGAAUUUUUUACACCAUUUUAUGAUAUAUAGAUGAUGAUACUUUGUGAAAACAUACAUGUUCUGGCUUUAUUUGCUAGGUAACAUAUGAUGUUCAUUCAUAGUACAUUUUAAAUUGUGAUGAAUCAUGUAAUACCAUUAGGUGUAGUGCCAGUCUUGUCUACAAUGCACAGUCUUCCAAGUAAGUUAAGUAUCUCUUAGUCUAUAAUAUGAUGAUGUAAUAUAUACUAUGCUUGUGCACUUGCCAAUAGAAGGGAUAGCUUUAUGAUAUUCUAACAUGUAUCGUAACUAUUUCAAAAUCACUGUUAUGCCAAAAUCACUACACUUUGAGCCAACAAAGAAGUCACAUGGUCUUUAGCCAAUCAGUGCAGCACCAGCCAAAUUGUCAUAGCAACAGACAGACAUGAAAGAAGACAUAGGUCAUAUUUUGACUGUGAAAACAUUUCUGAUGCCAGUUCCACAAUGCAUUGUAUAAACCUGGAUUAAAAAGUUUUGUCCUUCAUAGUAGUUAUUCUCGAUACACUUAUGUAUAACUAUAAGUAUCUUAAAAUUUUGGAAAUGUGAAGUGAAUGUAAUAUGCCUGAUAUGAAGAAAGUUAUUUAUUAGGGUAAAAUAGGACAUCAUUGCAAAUGAGUCACUAGUCAGGUUAACCUUCAGUCAGUUGGUUUGAAUGCCCCUAAUAAAUUGUCAAUAAAUGA